CGGAAAUUAGGGUAUAAAAGUCUGCUGGCGCAGAAUAUAGUUCACAUAGUUUUAGCAGCUUCUAAUUGCUAAAUAUACAAAGAGUCAAAAUGAUUACCAGCAUUGCGUUUCUAUUUUUAUCAUUCGUGGCGAUAACAAGUGCGCAAAGAUGUGGAAUACAGACUUGCACCGAAGAGCAAUGUUGUUUAGGAACACCAAUGUUUGGAAUGUGUAUCGAAAAGAAACAAGAAGGAGAGAAAUGUAGAUCUAACCCACUCUUCUCCAUGUGCGAUUCCUGUGCUCCUGGCCUAAAAUGCAUUGAAAAGAAAUGUACCUCUGAAACUGCCGCAACUACUACUGGGACGACGGAAACUCCGGAAACUACCACGAUUGAAACAACACAGAAUACGGAUACCGCUUAACAGAUGUCAAUAUCCGAUUAUUGAAGAAAAGAUAAGACUGCAUGAUUAUGUUAUAAGAAACACUCCAAACGAAAUAAAUAAAUGAGCAUUUAUUUUCUUA